UAUUCAGGUUUGUUGUGAUACAUAUUUAGCUCUUAUAGGAGCUAGUCAUAAAUAUUUAGAAAAUGUUAUACAUCAUUUAUAUGAAAAUGGUCUUGAGGAAUGUGUACAUAGCAAUACAGGUAGAAUUCCAAAGAAUAUGAAACGUAUUGAAGUAAAUUAUGAUGUAGCAUAUGAAGUAUUUAAAUUUUUAAAAAACUAUUCUGAUUUGCAUGGUAUGCCCUCACCUGGACAACAUUUUAAAGACAUUUCUAUGCCUAUUAUAUUUCUUUCCACAAAUUAUAACUAUAUAUCGGUAUAUCGUGAUUAUACACAGGCCUAUAAGGAUAAGUAUGGAGAUGUUCGUGUUAUUUCUAAAUCAACUUUUACUAACAUUUGGAAAGCUUUAAUACUAUCACUUCAAUUUAUGUCUUCGAAGUCUGAUUUGUAUGAAACUUGUGAGAUGAUGAAAAUGGAUAUCCAAUAUGCUACACAAUAUGAAAAAAAAUUAGAACUUACAAAAGAUUAUUUGGCCCAUUUAAAUCGUGUACAAGAAAAAUGUGAUUACUAUAAUAAAAAUAUUACUACUGCAAUUGAAGAUGGCAAACACAAUACAAAUGGAGUCGAAUCUUAA